AAUAUCUUCAACGCUAUGGUGAAGGAUGACAUUUUAUGUGAUGUUGCGUUGCUCAAAAAGUGGAUGAAAUAGUAUCGUAUUCUGAACAUCAGUAUACAUUUAUACUGGACUACCAGUUUGUUCAAAUGAACCUAAUAUCUCUGAUAUCAAGUAAUGACUGUAAAUCAUGAUAUUUCGAUCUCAGAAGGAUCAUUGUUUCGAUCUUCUUUCAAAAAUAUUUGGAAUGUUGAAUGAUCCCAGUCUUUGUGAUAUAAGCAUUUCAGUAGAAGAAACAGUAUUUUGGGCUCAUAGGUGUGUUCUAAUAACUGCAUGUCCAACUCUGUUUAACAUAAUUGUUAAGGAGUUGGGCAACUCUCAGAAAAAGAUUGUUCAGUUAACACUACAAGGUCUUCCAGCUUCUGGAUUCAAUGCAUUGCUAUUGUAUGUUUACACUGGUCAACCCCCUGAUGUAAAUGAUGUAUCUAUUCUGGAGGGUUUUGUAAAAUGUUGCAGAGCACUUGGUGUAUCUCUUCCAUCAAAGCAAAAAAAUAAAGAUUAUCAAGAGAAUUUGGAUAAAUUACAGAAAGAUGCAGAAAUAACUUUGGAAGACACAAAUGUUUCACACGAUAAACACAAUGAAUUUCAAGUGUCUGUAAAAUUGGAAAAUGUUGACAAUGACCAAGAUGUAAGCUCACUUGAUGAGAUUAUCACUCAUGUAGUAGCUGAUUUAAGCUCCGCUGGUGAUUAUGACAGAGAAUUGCAUAAUAAAAUUUUAACACCUGUGAAGGACAAAACAGAAGUUAAACGUAAACAGAAAAAACCAACAAAAAAAGUCGCCAAUUUGCAUUCCCUCUUUUCUGUAAAGCGAAGGAGUGGGAAUGCUGGUAUUACAUCUGAUUCUACCUCAUUACUUUCAAAAUAUCCUAAGAUGCAAAAUUAUGAAGAACCAGAGGUUAAACAUGACCUAAUAUUGCCAGUUGAACCACCUUUUGCUUGUCCAUUUAAGGGUUGUGAGAAAGUUUUUGAAACCAGAAUUAAGAUGAAAAAACACUAUUUUAUUCAUGGAGAGAAAAAGCAUGCCUGCGAUGUAUGUGGAAGAAAAUUUUUAUAUAAGAAAGACCUUAUUGUUCACUGCAGAAUCCAUACUGGGGAAAAGCCAUAUGUGUGUUCUGAAUGUGGUGCAACAUUUACUCAAAUAGGCACUCUGAAAAGUCAUUUACCAACACACAUGACUCAUGCACCAAAAUUUGCUUGCGAUUCAUGUGAUAAAACUUAUACAUCUUCUCGCAGUUUGAGUCUUCAUAUCAGGGAGAAACAUACAGACAUAAAACCUUUACACAUUUGUCAUGAUUGUAAUAAAUCUUAUGAAAACCGUAAUGCUUAUAUUGCACACAUGAAAACUGAAUGUAUUUCUAGCAACUUCCGUUGUGCAGAAUGUGGCAGAAGAUAUCGCAAAAAAGAAGCCUAUGAGCUCCAUAUUGAAAAUUGCUCAGUGUUUUUAAAGCAUAAGUGCCAUCUUUGUGAUGGAGUAUUCAAAAAUAAAAGACAUCUUUCAAAUCACAUAUUUUCCUUUCAUUCAACACCAAAAUAUAAAACCGAGACAGACUAUGUUUCAGCUGCUUCAGUGCAAGUGUGUGUUGAUUCAAAUGAGACAGAAAUAAUUGGAAAAGAUUAGAUUCCCAAUUUCAGCCAAAUGACCAACCCGUUCAGGGUAGUUGCUAGAUUUUCCAUGUUUAAAUACUCAAUUUUCACCUGAUUUUGUUGCUCAAAUGUCAUUUUACGUUGAAAAAAGUUGCUUUACUUUUUUGUGUAGCAAUCACAACUUCAAAUAUUUUUUCUAUUUUGUUGCUACUUUAGUCAACAUUCCAGUUUCAAUUGUAAUAUUUUCAGAAAUCAUUGCCAAGAUUUGCACACAAUGAUUUGGAUCUCAUAGUCAUGCCCCUAACUCCUGGGUAUUACCGGUAGUUUUUGUUUAAUGGCGAAAUUAGCAAUGUGGGUUGUUAUUCCACAUUAUAUUAAGGAUUCAACAUACACAUUUCUGCAGAGGCAAUCGAGUCCAUAACAAUUUUAUUCCUGAUUCUGGAUUCAUUAGAUGAUUUGGUGUUAAAAAUAGCUAAUUUCACAAACCAUAUUGUAUUAUUUGCUGAAAUGCACAUACGUCAAAAUCAUAUAAGUUGCUCGAUAUGAUAUUUUUCAUCUCGGAAGGAUCUCUGAAGCUCUGUGUCCGUAGUUACCAAACUCUAUGAUCAUAUAAUAACUGCAACAAGCCGAUAUCAGUUUUUGUAAUUUGUUACAUGCCUUUUAUUUAUUUCAUAUCGUAUAUUGAUUUUGUACGAUGAAAAUUGAUAUCGGAAUCAUGUUUAGGUUGCUAGUUUGCCUCUUAUUAUUUAACAACAAAUAUUAGACCUUGCCACAUUUUUCUUUGUUAUUGUAUUUAAUAUUAUUUAUAUGGAUAUUCAUGCUAAUAAAUUUUAUUUUACUCUUUUUAUUUUCAGA